UAAUACAAGAUAUAGAAGACAUUUCAAGUGACUUUGCCAAAAAACAUGAUGUUCUUUCCACUCUUUAUAGCCCUUCUUAUCAUUAUUUUCAGUUUCCUUCUUCUUAAAGUCAAAAAGAGUGGCAAAAACAAUCUACCACCAGGUCCUUUAGGGUUUCCAUUCAUUGGAAAUUUGCAUCAAUUUGAUAGUUUAACCCCUCAUCUUUAUUUUUGGAAACUUUCCAAGAAAUAUGGAAAAAUCUUCUCAUUGAAACUUGGUUCUUCUACCAUGGUAGUAAUUUCUUCAGCAAAUCUAGCAAAAGAGGUAACGAAAAUACAAGAUUUAACGUUUUGUAGUAGACCUUCUAUUCUUGGCCAGCAAAAAUUGUCUUACAAUUGUCAAGAUAUUGCCUGUUCACCAUACAAUGGCUAUUGGAGAGAAAUUAGAAAAAUUUGUGUUGUUCAUUUAUUUAGUCUCAAGAAAGUGCAAUAUUUUAGUCCCAUUCGUGAAGAUGAAGUUUUUAGAAUGAUCAAGAAAAUAUCUCAACAAGCUGCCACUUCAAAAAUUACCAAUUUGAGCAGUAUAGUGAUUUCACUAACAACUACAAUUAUUUGUAGAAUAGCUUUUGGUAUUAGGUACGAUGAAGAAACACGUGAACGGACAAAAUUCGAUGAACUUUUAAAAGUGACUGAAGAAAUGUUGGCAGGUUUUUUCGUCUCUGAUUAUUUUCCUCUCUUAGGAUGGAUUGAUAAACUCUCUGGAAAAAUAAACAGACUUGAGAAGAAUUUUAAGGAUUUGGAUGAGUUUUAUGAAGGACUCAUUGAGCAACAUCUCAAUCCCAAUAGGCCAAAAUCCAUGGAUGGAGAUAUUGUUGAUCUUUUGCUCCAAUUGAGGAAAGAGCAAUCAACUCCAAUCGACCUUACUUUGGACAAUAUAAAGGCUAUUAUCAUGAACAUUCUAGUUGGUGGAACGGACACUGGUGCAGCUACAGUAGUUUGGGCCAUGACAGCCUUGAUAGCGAACCCAAAUGCCAUGAAGAAAGUUCAAGCAGAAAUUAGAGAAUCGAUUGGCAAAAAAUCCAUAGUGAAUGAAGAUGAUGUCCAAAAUCUUCCAUAUUUCAAAGCAGUGAUAAAAGAGACAUUUAGACUGUAUCCACCAGCUCCAUUGUUGGUCGCAAGAGAGACAAUGCAAAAUUCCAUACUAGAAGGAUAUGAAAUUAAAGCAAAAACGAUAAUUCAUGUUAACUCUUGGGCUAUUGCAAGGGAUCCUGAAAUAUGGGGAAAUCCAGAUGAAUUUAUACCUGAGAGGUUCUUGAAUAGUGAUAUUAAUUUUAAGGGCCAAAAUUUUGAGUUGAUUCCAUUUGGAGCAGGCAGAAGAGGGUGCCCAGCUAUUGCGCUUGGUGUGGCAACUGUGGAACUUGUACUUUCCAAUCUUCUUUACGCCUUUGAUUGGGAGUUGCCUUGUGGGAUGAAGAUUGAAGAUAUUGACACUGAUGUUUUACCUGGACUUACUAUGCAUAAGAAACAACCUCUUUGCCUAGUUGCUAGAAAUUUAAGAAGACUAAAUUCCCAUGUUUAAAUUAAUUAAAUAUGUAUGCUUUCGUUAGUUAUCCAUGUUUAUUAUGGUCGUACAGUUUUAUGCCCUCCAUUUUUCGUCAUAAACUUGUAAUGGAGUAGUUGUUUCAAUACAAUUUCCCUUCUAGUUCC